AUGCCACGUCAGCAGCAUCAUCGGAGGCGACUCGCAUCAUAUGACAUGAUGCAUGAGGGGCAUAUGUACAAGCGGAGACGGUUGAUUCGCGGCAAGAAGGAGUGCUGGAGCAAGCACGAGCGACACCAGUACUGGCAGGCGGGAGCGCACGUGGAGCCAUCAGCCGCGUUUGCGAGGCAGAAGACGGAGUACGAGCGCAUGCACCAGCGGUGCACGGAGGGCAUCACCGACUGGAAGGCCUUCUACUUCAACCAGUCCGAGGGGCUGUCACCAGCAGCGGACGUGGAAGGGUGCAAGUAUGCGUUUCUAAUUCCCGGCCAGUGGCACGGUCUGGGCAACCGCAACAUGUCUGUAAUCUCCACCUUCACAUACGCCUUCAUCACGCAUCGAGCCAUCCUCAUGCCAGACGAUGGCCUCAUGCCCUCGCUCCUCUGCAACCCCUUCGCGCACUCCUCCUGGCUCAUUCCCGCCUCGCACUUCUGGAGCAUCAAGGCGGAUUUGGAGCAGGGUCCCCGCAACGUGGCAGAGAAGGCGGACAGGCACUCUCGAGGGGUGUUCUGCCACCUGGACUGGGUAACGCCCGAGGAGGAGUGGACGUUCUUCUGCCGGCGCACACAGGAGGAGGUGGCGGAGAAAACCUUUAUGAUGUUCUGGAGCGACAUGUACUUCGUGCCCCCGCUCUACUUCAUGCCCUCCCUCGCGGUGCGCCCCGUGGACGAGACCCAGGAGGACAUCUUUGACCGCGUGCUGACGUGUCUCAUCAGCACGCAGUACCUGCCAGCUGUCAUCCCGCCCGACCAAUGGCAGGCCAUGGCUGACGACGUAUGUGGGGAGGGGCGCAUGGGGAGGGGCGCAUGGGGAGGGGCGCAUGGGGAGGGGCGCAUGGGGAGGGGCGCAUGGGGAGGGGCGCAUGGGAGGGAUCAGUAA